GUCCCUAAGAAGUUUAAGAUAGAAUUUUCGACAAGAAAGUUGAAUUCCGCUGCCAUCACGGAGCCUCGCCGCUUUAAUCCUCAUCCCGUGAGGAAGUCCCUGGCUCCCAUUGAUGAAGGUUCCCCACCUCCCUCUCCUCCCGAACUCCCGGAGACGCCUAAUCCCCAGAGCUCGAUUUUCUCCUUCCGACGCUCAGGCCCCACGAGCAACACCGGCGUCGUCAGCGUGCAGGAAUAUCCAAGCCUCGACCCUGCAUUUGUACCUUAUUCGCCUGACGUCUACUCUGCACCGCAAGUUAGGCCAGUGACACAACUUGAACCACAAUCCCUCAAGCCAUCCGAGCCGCAAAUAGCCGAUUAUUUUUCGUCUUCCGAGUUUUCGAAUUUCUUCGGCAAGUCCAAACAGAUUUCUGACUCUGAGAACCCAGCUCGACUUUUGUCUCCGGAGUAUCCGCCUUCUAAGUUCCGGCGAAAUUCCCUAGACGGACCCACAGACAACACCUCACCAGAACCUCUUCUAAACUCCACCCCGCCCACCAAACGCAAGAACUCUCAGCUUCCCCGGACCCCAAACUCUUCCCCUCCUACCAAACGCAAGAACUCCUUGCUUGCCCGAUCACUGGGAUCUUCGUCAAAGGUUUCUGCCUUCAAACCUCGCGACUCCAAGUCUUCUGAGCCUCCGUCGCGGUGUUGCUUCACCUGCUGCUGCGCCUCGGACCAACCAAAACCCCUUAAACCGCCUCCUGAAAUGGGACCUUUAGCCAGCGAUUCCAAUAUCGAGACGGAGCGGCGUAUACGCGCUAACAACCCAUCCUUCAACGCACAAUUCCGAUAUGCCAAAAACUUCAUCAAAACCUCGAAGUACACUGUCAUCAACUUCGUGCCGUACAAUCUCUUCGAGCAAUUCCAGCGCCUGGCCAACUUCUACUUCUUGGUGCUGCUAGUGCUGCAGCUAAUCCCCGUAAUAUCCUCCCUCACACCCAUCACCACUGCUGUGCCCCUCAUCGGUGUCCUUAUGGUCACCGCCAUCAAGGAUGCCUAUGACGACUACCAAAGACACCGCAGCGACAGUCAAGUCAACAAACGCAAGUCAAAAGUACUACGAGAUGGAGAGCUCAGAGAAGAAAUCUGGAGCAAGGUGGUGGUGGGUGACGUCAUCCGCAUGGAGAACGACCAGUUCGUGGCAGCAGACAUCCUCCUGUUGUCCUCGUCGGAGCCCAACGGCCUCUGCUACAUCGAGACCUCGGAACUCGACGGGGAGUCCAACCUAAAAUGCAAGCAAUGUCUGCCGGAGACGGCAGAACUUGGGCAGGACGCGGCCAUGAUCGGCGCGUUCGACGGGGAGAUCGUCUGCGAGGCGCCCAACAACCAGCUUAAUAAGUUCGAGGGAACGCUCUUCUGGGAGGGCGAGAAGUACCCGCUGGACAAUGACAAGCUGCUGUUGCGUGGCUGCAUCCUGCGCAACACGUCCUGGUGUUAUGGGGUCGUGGUCUUCGCCGGCCGCGACACCAAGCUCAUGCAGAACUCCGGCAAGACCAAGUUCAAGCGCACAAGUAUUGAUAGACUUCUCAACUUCAUUAUUUUAGGCAUUGUUUUCUUCUUGUUAUCCAUGUGCCUCUUCUGCACGGUCGCGUGCGGUAUCUGGGAGACCAUGAUAGGUCAGAAUUUCCGCGUGUACCUACCGUGGGACUCGCUGGUGCCCACCGACAGCGUGGGUGGCAGCACCGUCAUCGCCUUACUCGUCUUCUUCUCCUACGCCAUCGUCCUCAACACCGUCGUGCCUAUCUCCCUCUACGUCAGUGUGGAGGUGAUCAGGUUCGGCCAGAGUUUUCUCAUUAACUGGGACGACCGAAUGGCCUACGAGACGCCCGACCCGCGAGACCCGAACAAAACCAAGCGCACCUUCGCCAAGGCGCGCACAACUACGCUUAAUGAGGAGCUCGGUCAAGUCGAGUACAUCUUCUCUGACAAGACCGGCACGCUUACCAGGAACAUCAUGGCGUUCAACAAGUGUUCCAUCAACGGCCAAACAUACGGCGAAAUUCUGGAUCCUAGAACAGGAGAGCCCGUCGAGAUCACCGAGGGCAUGCGCUCAGUGGACCUGUCCCAGAACCCGUACUACGAGCCCUCGUUCAAGUUCUACGACAGCGCCCUGACUGACGCACUCAAGUCCCGCGACAAGAACUGCCAGGAGUUCUUCAGGCUGCUGGCGCUCUGCCACACCGUCAUGCCUGAAGUCAAGAACGGUAAACUGGAGUACCAAGCGCAGUCGCCGGACGAAGGCGCCCUCGUCUCAGCUGCACGCAACUUCGGCUUCGUGUUCCUGUCGCGCACCCCCAACAGUAUUACCAUCUCGGCGAACGGCAACGAGGAGACGUACGAGCUGCUGUGCAUCCUGGACUUCAAUAACGUGCGCAAGCGCAUGAGCGUCAUACUGCGGCGCGACGGCAAGAUCCGCCUCUACUGCAAGGGCGCCGACUCCAUCAUAUACGAGCGCCUUAGGAAGGGGCAAGAUGCCCUUAACUUCCACACGCAGGAGCACCUUAAUAAAUUUGCGGGAGAAGGCUUGAGAACUUUAUGCUUGGCCGUAAAAGAUCUCGAAGAACCGUACUUCCAGGAUUGGAAACGACGACACCACGAAGCGGCCACGGCCAUGACCAAUCGUGACGAGAAGCUGCACGAGAUAUACGAGGAGGUGGAGAAGAACCUGACGUUGAUUGGUGCCACGGCCAUCGAGGACAAACUACAGGACGGGGUCCCGCAAACUAUCGCCUCCCUGGCGCUGGCCGACAUCAAACUGUGGGUGCUGACCGGCGACAAGCAGGAGACCGCCAUCAACAUCGGCUACUCCUGUCAGUUGCUGACGGACGACCUGGUGGACGUGCUGAUAGUGGACGGUCAGGCGGCCAGUGAGGUGGAGAGUCAGCUCAGGAACUACCUGGAGGACAUCCGCGCCGUGUCGUCCGCCGCGUCCGUGUCACACGCAGAUAACCACACGUCCGUAUCCGUGGUCUCCUUUAGGUAUCCGCCCAACUCACUUAACGCCAAGAGGGCCAAUCCUAACGACGAUGGGAGCGCGGCAGGCAACACAAUGGGGCUGGACACGCUCAGUGAGGACGGCGAGACGACCUCAGGCUUCGCCCUCGUCAUCAACGGCCACUCCCUCGUCUGGGCUCUCAACCCCAAGUUCGAGAAGCUCUUCCUUGACGUCGCCACCAGAUACAACCUAGACCUCGUCAAGCGCCACAUGAAGGCCGUCACGCUCGCCAUCGGCGACGGUGCCAACGACGUGUCUAUGAUCAAGACUGCGCACAUCGGCGUGGGCAUCUCAGGGCAGGAGGGCAUGCAGGCGGUGCUGUCCUCUGACUACUCCAUGGCGCAGUUCCGCUACCUGGAGCGCCUCCUGCUGGUGCACGGACGCUGGUCCUACUACCGCAUGUGCAAGUUCCUCAGAUAUUUCUUCUACAAGAACUUCGCGUUCACGCUGUGCCACUUCUGGUUCGCUUUCUUCGUCGGCUUCUCCGCUCAGACCGUAUUCGACCCCAUGUUCAUAGCCGUGUAUAACCUCUUCUACACGUCCAUGCCCGUCCUCGCACUGGGCAUAUUCGACCAAGAUGUUGAUGCUCGCAACAGCAUGGCGUAUCCUAAGCUCUACACACCAGGCGUUCAUAACACGCUCUUCAACAAGCCUCAGUUCUUGCGUUCAGCCUUUCACGGUUUUGUAGCUUCAGGAGUUCUCUUCUUCAUUCCGUACGGCGCGUACUACACCGCAGUCGACCAGCACGGCCGAGGCAUGGCCGACCAUCAGCUCUUCGGUACCGUGGUCGCCUCGAUCCUCGUGCUCGUGGUCACGGUCCAGAUCUGCCUGGACACUUCCUACUGGACGGUCUUCAACCACGUGACCAUCUGGGGCUCGCCGGUGAUGUACCUCAUCGCGCAGUUCUUCUACAACUACGCGCUGGGCGGCGACUACGUCGGCACCCUCGUCAAGACCCUGGAAGAGCCGCUGUUCUACUUCACAUGCAUGCUGACGCUGGUGGUGCUGAUGGUGCCCGUGGUGGCGUGGAGGUUCUAUUGGGUGGACGUUCAUCCCACACUAGCAGACAAAGUGCGAUACAAGCAGCGACUCGAAGCCAAGCUCGCCAGCAAGCGGUCGCAUCGCACCAUGCGCCGCACGCCCUCUGCCAGACGGUCGCGGCGGUCGGUGCGGUCUGGCUACGCCUUCGCCCACCAGGAAGGCUAUGGUCGGCUCAUCACGAGCGGCAAGAUUAUGCGACCCAACCCCCUACAAGUGCAGCCCCGACCCGCCCGUAACCAGCUUCAAACGGGUCCCAGCAACCAGAAAACUUCAUCAAGUGCUCCUAACCAGACAACCACGGGGCAUAUGACCAACCUGCCUGGUUACGCUAGUGACGACUUGAGCGUGCCUAAUGCCACUGCCGCGGCGGCGGCUGCAGGCCUCGUCUCGAACUCCAUCAACCAAGUGGUGAACGGCUCCUCCAGCGGCGGCAGAAAACGCAAGAAGCAGGAACCCAGCAUUGGGCUCACCACUGUCCAUCCGCAGCCACCCUCUACCGUGGAUGUGUGAAGCCUUAUUUUGUACUUUAGUCUAUAGCGUAACGCUCGAUAGCGACCACUAUGCGCACAUCUCAUGCGCAAUGACUAGUUUUUUGUAAGUCAGCAGAUGUCCAAGCGCAUAAUGGCUCAUAGAGAGAUUUGUAUCUUGCUUAGCUGCUCACUGAUACCAAGUAAUAUUUUAGGUAAAUGGGUAGGUAAUAAAUUGAGUAUGCAGUAAUGUAUAGCGGGUACAACGUACUGAAUACUCACUUAAGUAUCGAUGUCGUUGCCUUCAGUUAAGGAGUGAAGAUGGGCCUUAACUUGCUGUCCUGUGAUCAAUAUAAAUGUUACUGCUGAAGAUAAGAUUUUAACUCUCAAUUGUAUAUAAGAAAUGAAGUCCUCAGUGACGCGGGCUCAGUUCUCAGCGCGACCAGGUCAAUGCUGGUCGCCAAGACUGGGCUCUCAUAUCUGCGGGGUAUUUUCCAUAUUUAAUACGACUGAUGAUGCAUUUUUAUGCUCUGGUAUUUUUGGCUGAUGUAGAGGUAAGUGGAAGCUGCCGAAUGAUGCCUUACAUGAUAUUUUUGCAAGCAGUCAGUGACAUCACAGUGAGGCUUUCGGUGAAUUUAUUUUGUAUUCUUUGUCAAAAUUUUCUGAAGAUAUGUCGAUUGUGGAAUUUUAAUUUUAAAUGAAUUUUUAAGAACGUGCAAGAUCAUCUGUGUCGCUGACGAGUGUCUAAUAAAGGCUUUAUUUAGUUAUUGUAAAUCAUUGCAAGGCCAUUAUUUAAGACGUCUCCUUUUUUCACUGAAAAUUUGUAAUCUGUAAAACAACUUUAAAUGAUUUCCCAUCCGCAAUUUAAUUUGUAUAUUCUUCAAACUCAGAUUUCUUGAAAUAAUAAGAAAAUAAAUAUACUUAUCUCUUCAUUCCAUAUGUUACGGCCACCUUAGGAUUAAUUGUUGUAUUGCAUCGCAUAAAGUCUACUGUGUGAUCAAAUUCCGGUACGUUGAGCUCAGGCUGAACACAAUACUUGCUUGUAGAGGUUGCCGAUCCAUUGCUCUGUGACUGCUGCUUGAUGUUACUUACGUAUUAUCGUCUGUGGUUGUUAAAGUAAACUAAAAACAUUCUAGCCUCGUGAACCCAUUACAUCGUAAGCUUCUCUUGACACGCACAUGUUACCGAGUAACAUUUAUUUAGAUCGCAAUGAGUUUCUGCAGCGAUGGACUGGAGAGUGUGGCAUUUAAUGUCAUUCGAUGGGAAAUCUACAUUGAGUGAAAAAAAGUAUUUGUUGUAGUUUCAUUGUGUUGAUUUUCUCACGGUAAAGCCUGCUUCCUGCUGUGCGAUGUUUAUUCUUAUUGUGUACGCUUAGUAAGCUCAGCAAAUUGAAUGCUUGUUUUCUAAGUUUGGUCGUUAGUCUUGCUUAUGUUUAUACUUCUAGAGAACUUUUUUAUGAGUUCCUUCCUCCGUCCUCUUGGUCUCUGGUCUCUCGCUUUAUUUCUAUUUUACAUUUAAGAAGAGUCGCCGAGCGUGCAGAGUUUGUGAGCCCUCGUGUCACCAUUUUGUUAGCGAUUAAUGCUUUGUUCUCUCUUGUGUAUAGAAGAUUUGGUUGUCAAUUUAUUUCUUAUGAAUUUUCAAGCAAGAUGUGCUUCUGAUUAUUUUAGAAUAAUCUCUAUUUUUCUACCCACUCGUUUGCUUCAAGAUGUGUUGUGAUUACACUCAAGUGUUGUCAGCUUGUGUUGGCCGAGUAGCGUGCCUUCGUCAUCGCUCUGCAUCCAUCACGGCGUCUAUGCAAGUAGCUAUACAAUAUAUUCAUUAUUAUUAUUAUCAUUAUCACCAUUGCUAAUGUCUAUACUUUUACGAGUUUCGUAAUUUUUUAAUUCAGGCUCUGACUUUGUCAGAUGUUGUGUCAUCGUUGCGGCCGCCACUAGCGAUACAAAUUAUGUGACUAAUUUCAUAGGAUCGCUGUAAAGGCUGACGAAUUGUUUCUCUGCUACAUUGAAGUGCAUCAAUUCGUAAUGUUGCGGUGCAAAGGGCUUCUCAGUAAAUUCAUAAGUUCAGCCUGCCAGAGACACAAGUUUCCAUUUCUGAUUUAUACGGCGGUGAAUUAUCGAUUCAUGGACCGCAAUAUUCCUCUCUUAAAAGUCACGUUAAAACACGGAGGCUCGUUUACCAAUUACGUUUGCUAAGAAUUUUAACUCCAUUACUAAAUGUUUAGAACCCUCCAAUUUGAUGCGAGGUAAUUGCACUCUUAAACUAAUAACAAUACUUUGCUCCCCGUCUGAUUGUCUGAGCUUUGGUGUUGAUUCAGUAUUUAGUGUGGAGACUUUUAGAUUUAUGAUGGGUGGAAUGUGUUAUCAUUACCAUUACCAUUAUUUGCAAUAUUUUUGAACUCAUGUAAUUAGUUUCUAAACUUGAGUAGCUGUAUAUGUUCCCCUUUUGUUCGCGCGUUGAUGAGGAAGAACUUAAUGUGAUGUUGUAAAUUUUUCACUGCAUUGUAGCAACUCCAUUCCUACAAACUGCUUUACUUUUAAAUUUCUGCCAAUUUAUUAUUGCAAUUUUCAGUUUUUCAGCUCGGUAAAUGAUAUUUCACUUUAAAACUGAUAUAUCAGGUCUAUACAAAGAGUUGUGAGGCCAACCUACGUCGAAGAAACCAAUCUUUGACCUCGCACUCUUUUACUCUAUUCACUUGAUGAGCGACUACUUACCGUUCAUCCCAAGUCCUCAACUGCAGAUGAAUCACAGCCUCCAUAUCCUCACCGUAUCAUUCCACAAUGCCUUAUAACUCUUAAGAUAAAUAGCUCCAUAUCACGUUAUUUUGUCUUAGGUCUCAUCAAGGUUGUUAGUAAGUCGCAUAGCGAAAGAUCUAAUUCUAUCAUAGUUGCAGGUGUUGAGCGUUUACUUUGCUGUACGUUAGAAAGAAUAUAGAGCUUUAUUAUCAUUAUGCAGAAUAUUAACGUUUGUACAGUAUGCUAAGUGCAAAUAUUGCUUCAGUACCUCCGUGUUUGCCUCAUGGUGUACGUGUUCUCUGUUUGGCUCGUGUUAUACAAACUUUAUACCUGUCAGAGAAUGCAGGUUUCGGUGGAAUUAAUUUAUGCAAGAAUUAUACAUUAUUGUUUCUUAUGUCUUUUACGACGAUGAGUUGAACCGAUGAGUGAAAUGUAGACUCGUCACCUACGGUCUCGGAAACGAGUUGCUCAUGCCCUGUUGAAGCGCAAAAAUUAUUACCUUACAAAAUUGGUGCCUUCCCUUGAGAUUUUCUAUAGCCUGCAUGAUUUCAUCUAGAAGCAAUUGUCAAAUUUUUACAGUAGCUUGAAGUUCUUAGAAAUCAAGUUACCAUAUUUUGAUAUUCCCAUAAGUCCAUGGUAACCAUGGCAAAUAUGGCUCUAUACUAUGUAUCUGAAUCUGUGCCAAUUUCAAGGCUAUUCUUUUCAUCUUCGAUCCUAAUUAUAAUCUUGAGCAUUCAAAUGCCCUCAAUGCAAGACUUCAUGGUAGUCAUUAGCCUAGCCUUUGGCUGCUAGUUGUUCAUUCCGAAAUGUGAAUGACUUCGGUCACGGAUCCAUCUCAGUCUAAUUUAUUUAUUUCGUAAUGAUAGACGUGAUGAGAUUUAUACAUCUACCUGCCACGUUAUUUCUUUACAUACUUUGAUAUAAUGCUACAGUGGAAACUUUGAUUACUGUACCCUAGACUGACGCGGGUGAUUGCAAUCUAGGGUCUCUUUUGAUUUAAAAAUGAAUGUGUCCAGUUUGUACAUAGAUUCGUCGUUAUUCUUGUGAGUGCCUGGAAAAUAUAUGUUAUCGUAUUAUUUACUAAAUAUUAUAUAAAGUAUAAUAGUAAUGGUGUGCAAUCAAUGAUUCCGCGAUUUUGUAAAAGCUCAGUAAAACAUUUCUGAAGUGCACAAUCUCGUCAAAUUUAUUGGCAUUUUCGCUGAUCAUUUCGAAUAAUUUUAUUUUCUGUUGAAAAUUUCCACUAUUCAUUUUCUUUAUUUGUAUUCUGAUGAAAAAACUAUAAUGAUAUGCAAAUUUCCCUUACUGGCGUGAAAAUAUUUUCUACUCAGGACCUAAGAUAUUCCAAACGUGAAUCAGUACCUAAUUGCUGCUCUGGUUUGCUUUGUUCAUCUAUGAUUAAUGGAGCUAUUUGAUACACCCUUGAGAAUGAAGUAUUGACCUGCAAUUAUAGAGUUAUGACCCGUUAUAGUGGCUUGAUUAUGAAGGCAUCUCGAUACAAUGUUCGGGAUAAGUAUCGUUAGAAUUGCUAUGUUAUUUCGGCUUAGAUCGUGUGAAGGCCGUUUCAUUCGUAAUUUUUCUCUUCUCUUUUAACUCGUAUGUUUUAUAGCACAAACUAUAACCCCAGGUUUUAUUUCAAACUAUCGAGGAAUGUAGGAGCGCCACUUGUUGAUGUGUAAACAUCUUCAUCUGUUGAUUGCACAUUUAUUAACAAAACAGAUAGAAAAAUUUCCUCUAACAGCUUUCGGGUCACGUAUAAAAGAUUUUAAAUGUCCAGUACUUAGUACCGUCUCUUCUUACAGGUAAAAUUUUAGGCAAAAAAUCCGCCUAUUUGUUUAUAAAGCAGGCAAUGUAUUUGUUAGUAAAUUGUUGAAAACGAA